AUGCUAUAUAGAUUAUUUCAAAACCAUUUAGAUAUAAAACAUAAUUGCCAGACGCAUCGUCAUAGGGGGAAGGUUCGUGUGGCCGACUCGCCUUUUCCUGGUGCGUGUUUAGCCGAAGGAUCAACAAUUAAUCCCAUCAGUGAGCUUUCGUCCAGUGGGGCGCUACCGUUUUAUAUGACUUUAGCAAGAUUCGCAGAGACUACAGUACAGUGCGAGGAGAGUGGUCGGUGUGUUGUCGCGAGCAAGGCCGGCUGCCUACGAGCGUGCAUGACGCUUCACAUAACGAGCAAUACUGCCCGCAGAUUACCAUCAACCAUCUCUUUCAGAUCCAGUGUCAAAAAAAAACCACCCCUGGAAUAA